GCCCAAGUGAUCUGAUGCCAGCAGGAGACUUCAUUGAAGUAUCAGGUAUAAUCUUACAAAUGUGCGUGAACUUUGCAUUACAUCCAUAUUCACUUUAGAUGUAAAAUAACAUUUAAGGUCGUUAUUGAGAAAUAAAAUAGAAGUGCCCGAAGGGUUUCAUGUCAGUCCCCACCAGACACAGCUGAGCACCCUGGGUUAGACCCAGGGCUCUGGAAACCGUGAAGAGGAGGCAGGUCCUGGCUCCUUUUGCUUCUCCCUGCCCCCCGUUGGUGUCCCUGUCCUUGGAUAUCGGUCCUGGGUGGCGUUCAUGGCCCCCACAAGUUAGCGGUGGAUGCUUUUGGAGAUGUCAACAGAUGGUGGUUUAAGAUUUGACCCACCCCAGGGGUUUUGAUUUAAGAGGAAACUCUGGAGGACAGACCAGCUCUGAGAUGCUCAGCAAUGAACCAUUUUGCGGCAAGGGCUGCUGGUCUCACCCAUCACCGAGGUCCCCCCGGGGGCUGCUGUGGUCCAGGUGUGCGAGGGGAGGGUGGCUGCUCACCUCACUGCCCAGGUCUCCUUUCUGAGUCUUUGCUGCUGGGGCCUCGAUGUCAGGUUCGCUUGGGGACCUCACACCGCAGUGACCCCAGCUUUCCCUCCUUAGAAACCCGUAAUUGGGCAACGACUCCCCUGAGGGCUUGUGUGGCCUGGCACACUCCCUCCAGCCCACACUGGUGAUAACCUAUGUUCCAGACACCCUGGGAUCAAGCCACAAACACAGGGAUCCACGCCACUGCUGUUCCCAUCCCGGAAACUCCCCGUCCCGCAGGGUCGUCUAAGUCAAAGGCAAACACAACACAAAGCAAAGCCUGACUGUGGGACAAGGCUCUUACACGGGGUUUUCCUUUUCGUACGCUCGGCCAAACCAGGCAAGCUCCAGCUGCCCAUCCUGACCUUUCGGUAUCUGUGCCCAGGCCGUCGUGGAAGGGGCAGGCAUCUCUGCGCUAUCUGGACUCAACUGUCAACUCUAGGGAAGGACACAGCGCCAUGGAUCUUGCCGGUGUGUGUCUGUUCUUGUCCAAUGACUGGGGCCAGGGGGCUAGGGAAGGGGCAGGACAAAGGGAAGUCUUCUAUGAAACACCUUUCCACUGGAUACAGACCUACCUCGCCUUCUCUCUACAGGGAACUGCACUGGCUUCGCAGGGGCGAAGGCAAGACAGACCAGCGUCUCGGGAAGGACUUCCUUGCUGAGAGCGCUUGUCAGGGCUGGGUGGGGUGAGGGCUACGCUCCCCCGGGCCGGUGAGUGUCUGUGGCCAGAAGCCCUUUGGUGGAGGCAGAGGCUUAAGGCAGGGAGGGGAGAGACAAGUACUAACAGAGGACACGUCACACACAGGGGCAGCAGAAGACCCCCGGGCAUGAGCUGGCUGCAGUUUCUGGAAGGCCCAGGUAUCCCCACCUGCAAGCUAUUAGCUCAUCAAGCCCAGAGUCCCCUAGCGCGUUUGUCCUCCACCAGCGGCUCGGUCCGCCCAGGGUCAGCGCCAAGCUCAAGGACAUCAGGCCGGGAGAGCAGGACGGCUGUCUCUGCCCCGGCUUCCUCCUUGAGCUCAGGACUCGGCGCGGGGAGCCCUUGCGUUCCUGUAAGGUCACCCCAUGGGCUUCUUUCUUCCUUUGCUUCUUUUAAGCAACAGACACCCUUGAGGUCCUGGUUGAUUUUCACAGAGAAACAGAGGAUUCUUUGAGUUAAAAGAUGGAACAUAAUAAGUUUUCUGAAUUUUAAGGAAAAUAAAGGCCAAGAUUUCCAUAGCUAGCGAUCCAGGAGAAAAAACACACACACACACACACACACACACCGGGCAAACAGAAAAGAAGCCAUUCUCUGGUGCCCACAGGCCACCUUCCUCCCCCAAGGCCCUGCGCUUGGCAGAGGGAAAAACAAGGCAUCUCGCGUGUGGCCCCUUCGUGGCCCCGCCGCGGUGGGACCUGCCGGCAGCGCUGGCAACUCCGGCCACCUGGGCAGGUUGGCGACAAGCUCCCGGACCAGUGGCCGCGCCGCGCCGGGGUCCCCUCCCCCCGCCGGCACCCCCUUCCCGCCGGGGCCCCCUGCCCAGCCCCCUCCCCUCCCCGCGGCCACGGCCCGAGCAUGCGCCGUGCGCCACGGGAGGCGGGUGGGAGCGGCGCGCAUCACUCGGGUCCCCUUCCUGCACCGCGCCGCCACUUGCCGGUUGCUAAGCAGUUGUCGUUGUUUCUGUGGCGAUUGCAGAGGCUGUUGCUAACAGGAGAAGCCCCGCUAAGCCGCAGCAUCUCCCCUUUCGGAGCCGCUCUCUGCUCUUUGCAUUUAAAAAGAAAACUAGGCUGCUCUGCUCACUGGUCCUCCCCCACCCUGCCCCAGUAGCCCUGUGACUUGGGAAGCAUGGACUAAAUCCCGAUCCUCCCACCCAGUGGACUCCGGUGGCCCCAAACUCCCGGGCAGAUCGCACCUGCCCCUGUGCCUGUGUGCACCCUGAACAGGAAAUCAUGACUACAGCCAAGGAGCCAAAUGCUUCGGGGAAAUCCAUGCAACAGCAGGAGCAGGAGCUGGUGGGGAGUAAUCCUCCACAAAGAAACUGGAAAGGCAUAGCGAUCGCACUGCUUGUCAUCCUGGUCAUCUGCUCCCUGAUUGUCACCUCAGUGGUGCUGCUGACACCAGCGGAAGAUAACAGUCUGUCUCAAAAGAAGAAGGUGACUGUGGAAGAUCUCUUCAGUGAAGAUUUCAAAAUUCAUGAUCCCGAGGCUAAGUGGAUAAGUGAUAAAGAAUUCAUCUACAGAGAGCAGAAAGGAAGUGUGAUACUGCAGAAUGUUGAAACAAAUACUUCUACGGUGUUAAUAGAAGGCAAAAAAAUUGAAUCGUUAAGAGCUGUCAGAUACGAAAUAUCUCCAGAUAGAGAGUACGCUCUUUUUUCAUAUAACGUGGAACCAAUAUAUCAACACUCCUAUACUGGAUAUUAUGUCCUGAGCAAAAUUCCUCAUGGGGAUCCUCAAAGUUUAGAUCCACCAGAAGUCAGCAACGCAAAACUUCAGUAUGCAGGAUGGGGCCCCAAGGGUCAACAGCUGAUAUUUAUCUUUGAAAACAAUAUCUACUACUGUGCACACGUCGGGAAGCAGGCCAUCCGUGUGGUCUCAACUGGGAAGGAAGGUGUGAUUUACAACGGCCUUAGCGACUGGCUGUACGAAGAGGAGAUCUUGAAGACCCACAUCGCCCACUGGUGGUCUCCAGAUGGUACGCGGCUUGCCUACGCCACCAUCAACGACUCCCGGGUGCCGGUCAUGGAGCUGCCCACCUACACCGGCUCCGCCUACCCGACCGUGAAGUCCUACCACUACCCCAAGGCUGGAUGUGAAAACCCCAGUAUCUCCCUGCACGUCAUUGGCUUAAAUGGACCCACGCACGACCUGGAGAUGAUGCCGCCUGACGAUCCACGGAUGAGGGAGCACUACAUCACCAUGGUCAAGUGGGCCACCAGCACCAAGGUCGCCGUGAACUGGCUGAGCCGGGCGCAGAACGUGUCCAUCCUCACCCUCUGCGAUGCCACCACCGGGGUCUGCGCCAAGAAACACGAGGAUGAAAGUGAAGCCUGGCUCCACAGACAGAAUGAAGAGCCAGUGUUCUCCAAGGACGGCCGGAAGUUCUUCUUUGUCCGAGCGAUCCCGCAGGGGGGGCAGGGGAAGUUCUACCACAUCAUGGUGUCCUCCUCCCAGCCUAACAGCAGCAACGACAACAUCCAGUCCAUCACCUCCGGGGACUGGGACGCGACCAAGAUCCUGGCCUACGACGAGACGCGGAGUAAGAUCUACUUCCUCAGCACGGAGGACCUGCCGAGGAGACGCCAGCUGUACAGCGCCAACACGGUGGGCAGCUUCAACAGGCAGUGCCUGUCCUGCGACCUGGUGGACAACUGCGCCUACUUCAGCGCCUCUUUCAGCCCCAGCGCCGACUUCUUCCUGCUCAAGUGCGAAGGUCCUGGGGUCCCCACGGUGACCGUGCACAACACGACAGAUAAGAAAAAAAUUUUUGACCUAGAAACAAAUGAACACGUACAGAAAGCCAUAAACGAUCGGCAGAUGCCUAAAGUGGAAUACAGGAAAAUCGAGAUCGACGAUUACAACUUGCCCGUUCAGAUCCUCAAGCCAGCAACCUUCUCCGACGCCACCCACUACCCCUUGCUCCUGGUGGUGGAUGGCGCCCCGGGAAGCCAGAGCGUGGCUGAGAAGUUUGAGGUGAGCUGGGAGACGGUGAUGGUGAGUAGUCACGGGGCCGUGGUGGUCAAGUGCGACGGCCGUGGCAGCGGCUUCCAAGGGACCAAGCUGCUGCACGAGGUGAAGCGGAGGCUGGGCUCCUUGGAGGAGAAGGACCAGAUGGAGGCUGUGAGGAUGAUGCUGAAGGAGCAGUACAUUGACAAGACACGCGUGGCCGUGUUUGGGAAGGAUUACGGUGGGUACCUGAGCACUUACAUCCUCCCAGCGAAGGGCGAGAAUCAAGGCCCGGUUUUCACCUGUGGCUCUGCGCUCUCCCCGAUAACAGACUUCAAGCUCUACGCAUCUGCAUUUUCCGAGAGGUACUUGGGCCUCCACGGACUUGACAACAGAGCGUAUGAGAUGGCCAAGGUGGCACGCCGGGUGUCCGCGCUGGAAGGGCAGCGGCUUCUCCUCAUCCACGCGACCGCCGACGAAAAGAUCCAUUUCCAGCACACCGCAGAACUCAUCACGCAGCUCAUUAAGGGAAAGGCUAAUUACAGCUUACAGAUAUACCCGGACGAGAGCCACUACUUCAGCAGCGCCCCCCUGCGGCAGCACCUGUACCGAGCCCUCAUCGGCUUCUUCGUGGAGUGCUUCAGGGUCCAGGACAAACUCCCGACAGUAACAGCGAGAGAGGACGAGGAGGAAGACUGACCGAGCCGGCCCGGAGCGCGCCCGGCGCCUGCUGGACCAGUGGACACCGACUGGGGAGCCCCGCCUCGCUCUCCCUCAGGGGCCUGGGUGGGGGCAGGAAGCGCCACCUUCCCAGCAUGUGUGUUUCUGGUCCUGAGGGCAGUUUUGCUCCAGAAGCAAG